AUGGCAUCCUUUAAAUCGAACUGCCAGUCAUUAUCCUGGACAAGGGGCGGAUUCUGGAUAUCUACAGAUCCCUCUCUAUUCCCCUUAUCUCAAUUAACGGAAAUCUUCGAUUCGUCCGCGUUCUACUGGGCAAAAUCUUUAACACCGGAUGCCUUCCGAGAGACUCUUGACAACUCACUUUCCUUUGGCGUCUACGAAAAAUCUCAAUCAGACACACCAUCGGACACCAGACUGGUUGGCAUCGCUCGAUUGGUUACCGACUUUGUCACCUUUGCAUAUCUCACAGAUGUAUGGGUUGAUCCAAAACUUCAAGGGAAAGGAUUGGGAAGCUGGUUGAUCCGUUGUGUCCAGGAGGUUUUGGACAAGAUGCCGCAUUUGCGACGAACAAUGCUUCUGACAGGAGAUUGGGAGCGGUCUGUACCAUUUUAUGAGAAACUCAUGGAUAUGAGCUUGGUUGAGCCCAAGAGAGGCGAAGGACUUGCGGUUAUGGAAAGCAAAGGAAGAGGUCACCCAUCCUAUGGCAAGGCGGGUACUAGCUAUACCUGA